GUCAUUUUGGAAAUUAGGUUAUAUCUCAAGUUUUCUUAAGUCUGGCAACUCUGCACUUGCAAGCGCCGUUAUCCUCGCCAUAUUUUUAGGUGUUUUGUUUUCUCUUCGUCGUUCGCAUACUUCUCGGUUAAAUAGUGAAAUAAUUAAAGAUUAAUAUCAGGAAAUUGCAAAAGAAUGGACCAGAACCUGGCUGCCGAAGAAAACAUCUUCGUGGUCAAUGAAAAAUCGGAGAAGAAUCGCUAUCAAACUGAAAACGAGCGCCUGGCAAAAACCCAUUGGCUCAGCGAUUAUGCCCGGGAUAUAUUUUUCACAAUGAGGGAGCAGGAAAAGCGUCGUCUGCCGAUGUAUUUCCUUUCGCCGCAAAUUGAUGAACGCCAAAAGAUGCUGGAGUUGCUCCAAAUGGUGGCCAAAACACACAAAAUCAGUCGAUGUGCCUUGCAUUUGGGUAUGUACUACAUGGAUCGCUUUUCGGACCACUACAAAAUCCGUGUGGACAAGCUGUCUUUGGUGGCGCUCACCUGCCUCCAUAUUGCGGCCCAGAUCGAGAACACCGAUGCCUUUAUACCGCGCUACAGCGAAAUGAACCAGCUGGUGAGGAAUGCCUACACAGCCUUCGAGUACAAGGCUGUGGAGCGGAAGCUGCUGUGCUUCCUCAACUUCGAGCUAGUGCGUCCCACAACGGCCAGUUUUGUGGAGCUCUUCGCCUGCAGUUUCCUCACUCGCUGCGAUUUCGCGGCCUACACUAGGAUGCUGGACGAUUUCGAGAGGAAUCAGAAUCUGCAUCCAUAUCAGCGAUAUGGAAGCUUCGAACAAAUGUUGGCCAGUUUGGCGCAGUUGCUGCUCCGCAUGGCGGAUUAUACAUUAACCAUUUUCAGAUUUGCCAAUGAACCGCCCUCACUUUUGGCCGCCGCCUGCAUUGCUGCAGUUCGUCAGGUGAGCGGCGUGAAGCGCUGGUCGGGCUACCUCAUCGGAUUGACCGCCUACACCGAGGCCCAGGUGGAGCCCUUCAUAGACGUGAUAGCCGGCUACCAUUUCUACCAAACCAUCCAGCCAAUUUGCGAAAUUUCCUCCUCUGGCCAAGAAAGCAAUCAGAAUUUAUCUAGUCCCGAUUCAGGAUUCGAGCAAUCGCUCACUGAAAGCACGGAUUUGGUGGUCUCCGAUGAAGUGGUCAGCUUGGGAGUGGGCACCUAUAACAUUAUCACUGUUCAGAUGCAGGAUUCAAGGGCUUCCGAAGCUCAAACGAAUCUUAAACGUCCGCGGAUCGAAGAUAAUGGCGAAACACAGCCGGCCCUAAAACAACCCAAAGUUGAUUAUGAACCCAUAGAUUAGGAAACCUUAAAAGUCAAAACCAGUUUCAAGGUGCCUAAAUAAGAACGUAAAAACACAAAUAUUUCCUUGUUCAAUUGAUUUGAACC